AUGGCUGCAAUCACCCUUGAAACCAUUAAAGGCGCCGUGGAGCCACCCCAGACCAAGGACAUCGCAGCUCGUCUGUUGAACGGCACUCUCCACUCUCAAUGGCCUGAAUAUGAACAGUUUGCAACUAUUGAUGGGCUUUUGGAGUCUCAUGCUGCUCAGCCAGACGAAGCACAGAGGCCGCUGAUCUGCUAUCCAGCUCAUGGGGCCGCUGACUUCGAAGAGCAUACAGCUAGAGAUAUCGAUCGCUAUACCGACGUAGCUGUUCGCUGUUAUAUGCGACAAGGAAUUAUGGAAGCCGAUGGAAGACUUGAGCAGGCACCUGUUAUCGCCCUGCUUGCUGGAUCCAGCUUCGAAGUCGUGGUAACCUUCUUCGCCCUGAAUCGCCUCGGUUAUGCCGUGCUCUUCUUGUCCACGCGCCUCACGGCCCCGGCUUAUACCCGGCUAAUGGAGAUGGCAAAUUGCAACCAGAUCAUCCACACAAUCCAGUUUCAGCAUGUCGUGGAUGAAAUUCGCACGGAGAACCCUGGUUGCAGUAGCUUUUUGCAUCUACGACGAGAAGACUGGCUCAAUUGUCCUUACAGCUUCCCUCGAUUUGAACGAUUCGGAGUGAAUAUAUCCGAAGAGAGCAAGAAGAUCGCCUGGAUCCUGCAUUCAUCUGGAAGCACCGGGUUCCCGAAGCCGAUCUUCCUAACCAACCUUCAAACCCUCGCUAAUUUCCGUAAGAGUUUCGGUCUUCGCCUCUUCACUGUCAGUCCGCUUUUCCACUCCCAUGCAUUGAUGGAACUCGGUCGAGCAUUUUUCACAAGAGCACCCGCGUACUUGGGAAAUCACUCCCUUCCAGUGACAUACCAAACCCUUUUCGCCGCGCUCCAGGUAGCCCAGCCAGAGCAAAUCAGCGCCGUGCCAUAUGUCAUCAAACUACUCGCAGAAAAGCAAGAAGGAAUUCAAGCUCUUGCUCGGCCCAAGCUCGUGCUAUAUGGGGGCUCCAGCUGUCCAGAUGACCUUGGCGACCGUCUUGUUGCGCAGGGUGUGAAUCUCGUCGGCAACUAUGGAGCGACGGAGACGGGACAGAUCAUGACUUCUUUUCGAGAUCCGGAAGAUAAGGAGUGGCAAUAUAUGCGAUUGCACCGACCAGUUGCUGAUUUCACUUUGAUGGAUGAAAUUUCGCCAGGGGUUUUUGAAUGUGUUGCGCUGGAUGGCUUGCCGAGUAAGGGGCCUUCGAAUUCAAAGCCGCCUUACAGUGCGAAGAACCCUGAGAAUAGUUUCAGGACUGCUGAUUUGUUUACUAGACAUUCAGAUCCUGAAAAGUCUAAUUAUUAUAAAUACUUGAGUCGGCUGGAUGAUCGGAUCACACUGGUCAAUGGGGAAAAGGUUCUUCCUAUUCCCAUUGAAGGGCGCAUCAGAGAAGAGCCUAUCGUCAGUGAUUGUGUGAUGUUUGGAUUUCAACGAACUGUACCUGGAGCUUUCAUCUUCCGCGCCCCUGGCAAGCUGCCUCAUCUAGAUAAUGAUGAGUUCUUGGAGGUUAUCUGGCCGGCUGUGGAGGCGGCAAAUGCUCGUGCCGAGACAUUUUCUCGAAUACCCAAGGAACUUGUCGUGAUCAAAGGUGCCGAUGUUCUAUAUGCUAAAACCGACAAAGGGACAUGCAUACGUGCUCAGAUCUACCAGCAGUUUGAGGAUGAUAUAAAGGAGGUUUAUGCCAAAUUCGAAGGAAGUGGGCAGGAAGGAGGUUCCCUCAAGCUCAGUGUUCCAGAACUGGAGGACUGGCUCUUAUCGAGAUUCAGCAAAGACUUGGGUAUAACGCUAUCCAGCGCUGAAGAUGAUAUCUUCUCGGCUGGAGUGGAUAGCUUGCAGACGACGCAGAUUUGGAGGUGCAUCAUGCGUGAUAUUAAUCUCGGUGAUCUAGCGGAUCAGCUAUCUCAAAACAUUGUGUUUGAGAAAGGAACCGUCAGUGCGCUUGCCAGGCAUCUUUACCAGAUGAGAACAGGUCAGGAGUUUGAGAAAGAGGAUGAGCUUCAUGUUAUGCGCGAACUAAUUGAGAAGUAUUCGCACUUCACUCAACAUUUCCCGACCAUUUCUGCAAAACCAGAAACUGAAGUAGUGAUGGUCACAGGCGCCACCGGCAACCUAGGAGCAUUCAUCGUCGGAGAGUUACUGAAACGACCAACAGUCUCCGAAGUAUGGGCGAUUGUACGUGCACCAGGACAAGCAGCGGCGGGGGCACGUCUUUACAAAUCACUUGCUGAUCGCAACAUCACGUUCACCGAUAUUGAAGCCGCAAAACUCCAUGCCGUCCCCGGUGAUUUAUCAGAUGCUAAUCUCGGUCUCAAAGACCAUGAUCUUUGCCACUUGCUUUCAUCAUUGACAUGCGUCGUUCACAGCGCAUGGGCAGUCAACUUCAACCUAGGCGUGCGAUCCUUCGAGCAACAGCAUAUCCGCGGAACACACAACCUCAUCAAUUUCUGUCUGCGUUCUCAUCUGUCCACCCCAGCACGCCUCUUCUUUUGCUCAAGCGUGAGCACAGCAAGCAACGCCCCGAAGCCUGCAUCAAUUCCCGAGACCAUGAUCGAGAAUCUAGAACACGCGCAGACCAUGGGGUACGGCAGAUCCAAGCUCGUCACUGAACAUAUUGUCCGCAACGCCAUGCACCAAACAGGUAUGCAAGCUCGAGUGCUGAGAAUUGGCCAGCUUGGCGGGGAUACAGUCAGCGCGCAGUGGAAUGACACGGAAGCUGUGCCGCUCAUGUUCCGUAGUGCAUUAACGACGGGCGCCCUACCGCAGCUGAAUGAAAGGCUGAGCUGGUUACCUGUUGAUGAGUGUGGACGGGCUAUUGCGGAUAUUGUCAUGAAUAGCCGAAGUGGGUCAAACGAUGCCAACAUGGUGUAUCAUCUGGUCAAUCCUCAGACGUUGAGUUGGAAGGAUGAUUUGCUUCCUGCUUUGAGGCAGGGCUCGGCUUUGCCGGACUUUGAGGUCGUGUCUCCGCGGGAGUGGCUGAGACGAUUGGCAGAGAGUGAACAGGACCCGGAGAAGAAUCCAAGUAUUAAGCUCAUUGAUUUUUGGCGAUCUAAGUAUGCGGGGCAGGCUCAGCUAGGGGGAGGAGACACGGCUGCAUGGGAGGAAAUGAAGGAGGCUGGGCUUUCGUUUGAAACGGAGGUUACAAUCCUAGACUGUCCCUCUUUGGCUCUUGUGGGUGAUCCAGUUGCGAGUGGUUUGCUUGAAAGAUAUCUGGGGUCUUGGAUGGAGAGAUGGACAAAUAAUUAA